AUGGAUAGAAAAUCUGCUAGAAUAAAAGCAGAGUUGCAAAGAUAUGGUUGGAGAGUUUCGAAGAAUUUUAAAUAUAGGAAGGGAAGACCCAUAAAAGUCUAUGACAAACUGGCUGGUCUUCGCUACGAAAUGGACCUAGAAACAGCGCGCGCCAACUAUCCAAACAGACUGGAGAGGUUAGAAGAAGAACGUCUUAUGGACAUGCCUUUCAAUGUUACUGAGCCUCAAGUUGAAGGACACGACGGCUUUGCCAGAUUCUACUGGAAACAUGACGAACAAUUGCAUCCUUUGAGAAGGAAAAAAGGAAAAGGUGAAGACGCACAUGCUCCCAUGGAAAGAACAAGAUAUGCAUAUGAGAAGUAUCGUGAAGUUAGAAGUCAAAUUACAUCUGGUCGAACCUUUACAGUAAACUUUGACGAAGGAAAGAACAAAGAAGGCUUCAUGGGAGUACUUGCUGCCAUACAAGACGGAAAUAAGAAAGGAUACAAUCUCAGACUAACCGUAACAGAUUUAGAUGGUCAUAUAUACUACUCACAUGGCAAUGUCACAACAGCUGCAAUGCUUCUUGACGCUUUCAAGACUACAAAGAGAGAACAAAUGGUUGACUCCGACUCAGAUAUUUUGAAUGCAAUUGAAGGAAUUGUAAGCGUGAAGUUCGAAUGGUAUCAACCUAACCCUCAAGCAGUCAGACAACAUGCUGGAUACUUCCCGUUCAGAAAUAAGUCUGACAUUGACUUAACAAG